AUGGGUGAUUUUUCUAUUCAAAUUACUCCAGAACUUGUUAAGCGGUUUGCUGAUGAUGGGGUGAAAUUAAAGAAUAAGACAAAGAAGACUAAACCUAAGGCCCGACGAGAACCUCCCCUGCCCAAACCUAAGGUGAAUGAGAAACAGCUGCAUGAUGAUUCUGAAAAACACAAAGGGAUUGCUUCUCCACGAUGGCCAGUUCAACCUCCAUUGCACCUGGCAAUAACUCAACCUGUACAGCCUGCAAAUGCUGAGUUGGAUGCAAUUCGAUCAGUCAUUCGAGAGAGCGAGAGGGUUCUGGAAAAGUUGCAGAAGCAGGAAGAUAACAUGGUGCACCAAGUAACAGAAAGAGUCAAGGAUCUCCGUGAUAAGGAAUUCAAGCUUCCAUACCAGAAGCCUAUGCCCUGUUUGGCCGAUUAUGAUGCUUGCAAGGCAUGCUACAAGGACCACGCUGAUGAUAUUUUGAAAUGUGCCCCCCUCACUAAGAGUUAUUACGAAUGUGUCCACAGAGCUAAGCAGCAAGAGAAUUCAGCAGAUAAGUAA